AUGGCACCCAAACGCGCCCCGACCGCCACCCCGACAUCAUCCACCUCUCGCUCCUCCGCCGCCGCCGCACGGUCCGGCGGACCUCCGGCUCGCCAGCCGGAGCCGGGCACGGUCGGCGGGGCGCUGCGGGACACGUAUGACGCGUUGACGGCGCAGGAGAAUCGGAGCGUGUUGAAGGCUGUGGGGUUUGCCGGGGUCGCCGUCGCCUUCUUCUCGAGCAGCUGGAGCGAAUAUCUACACCCGCCUGCUUAG